GCGUGGCCCUGACCCCGGCCGCUACCAGAGCCCGGCUCCGGGGCUAUGGCCGGGAGUGAGCGGCUGGCGCUGCGGACCCUGUCCGGGCAGGGCUGGGUGCGAGGCUCGGGCCCGGCCGUGCUGAGCCGCCUACGGGACGCGGCCGUGGUGCGGCCCGGCUUCCUGAGCGCGGCCGAGGAGGAGACACUGAGCCGCGAGCUGGAACCCGAGCUGCGCCGCCGCCGAUACGAAUAUGAUCACUGGGAUGCAGCCAUCCAUGGCUUCCGAGAGACAGAGAAGUCGCGCUGGUCAGAGGCAAGCCGGGCCAUCCUGCAGCGUGUGCAGGCAGCCGCCUUUGGCCCCGGCCAGACCCUGCUCUCCUCAGUGCACGUGCUGGACCUGGAACCUCGGGGCUACAUCAAGCCACACGUGGACAGCAUCAAGUUCUGUGGAUCCACCAUUGCCGGCCUGUCCCUGCUGUCGCCCAGCAUCAUGCGGCUGGUACACACCCAGGAGCCGGGGGCGUGGCUGGAACUCUUGCUGGAGCCAGGCUCCCUCUACAUCCUUAGUCCUGACAGCGGACUCCACCCCCCCUCGCAGGCCGUCUGCCUGGAACCGGGGCUGCCCUCACCCCACCCGGCCACAGCCUCUGUUUUCUCUCGCAGGGGCUCAGCCCGUUAUGAUUUCUCCCACGAGAUUCUUCGGGAUGAAGAGUCCUUUUUUGGGGAGCAGCGGGUUCCCCGGGGCCGACGCAUCUCUGUGAUCUGCCGCUCCCUCCCUGAGGGGGUGGGGCCGGGAGAGCCUGGGCAGCGACCCCCAGCCUGCUGACCCCCGGGCCCUUUCCCCCAGCUGCUCAAGACACCGUGUUGGUGAAUAAAGUUGGAGAAUGGACAA